AUGUCAAAUGGCGAAGUUAGACAAAUCUCUGUCCAGGACAUAGACACGGUUCAAAUCCUUAUCGAAAAAUGCCUUCAGCUUUAUAUGAGUGAGGAGGAGGUUGUGAAUACGUUGUCACACCAGGCAAAGGUUGAACCUGGCUUCACAGCAAUUGUAGUGCACAACAACUCGGGUUAUCAGGUUCAACAGCCAGCUGGGCUACCUAUAAAUCCGGAAAACAUGCACCAAGCUGUUACAUUACCCAAUGUCUACACUAAUGGCGUGUCCGCCUUGCAACCUAACAUGCAAGUUCCAGUCAACAUAUCUGGUCAUGGUGGUCGGAUCGACGUGCCAGAAAACAUGCUUGUAACUUAA